AGCACGUUGCUUUUGUUUACGUUGUAGCAGCCGCCUCGAUUUCAGUUUUUGGUUUUUGGAUUUCGAUCUUUGGUUCUCCGUCGUUAAAUCUGUUCUCCGUUGUAUCACAUUAUCUAUUUGUGCUAGCGUGUUAGCUAGAUUCAAUAAAAAUGCGCGACAAUACUCCACCACAUUCCCCGUACGUGCUUGAGGGAGCAGCAGAGGAAGACGAGGACGAGCUGGUGUACGUUGGUGAUGCCGAUGAGGUUCUCGAUGCGUGGGAAAAUGAAGCAAACGGAGGAUACGAUGAUGAGGAUGAUAUGGACGGGGAGCUGAAUGCCGGCGAAGAAGUGGUUGCUGGUAGCCGAUCGAAGGGACGAGACGAUGCAAAGUUAACUUUCCGCAAACACACAUCCUCCGUGUUUUGCGGGAAACUGCAUCCGACGCUCGAUCUGGCCAUUACGGGUGGAGAGGAUGAUAAGGCGUACGUGUGGAGCACGAGCACUGGAGAAGUCGUGCACGAGAUCACCAACCACACGGACUCGGUGAUUUCGGUUGGUUUCAGUCACGAUGGAACGUACGUUGCGACUGCCGAUAUGGCCGGCAACAUUCAGGUGUUGAAGGUGAGCCAAAACUAUCGCAAAGUCUGGGAGUUCAACAUGGGCGACACUUGCUGGAUGCGGUGGCACGAGGCCGCACACAUUUUGCUGGCCGGUGCCGAAUCGGGCGAGGUGUACGUGUGGCGGAUACCGUCCGGUGACUGCAAGGUGCUGCAAGGACACGGUAUCUCCUGCGAAACGGCCCAGUUGACGCACGAUGGUAAGAAGCUGGCGGUUGGAUAUAGCGAUGGGCACUUUAAGCUGUGGGACCUGAAGACAAACGCGACGACGCUGGAGGUGACACCGGGAACGGCGGGUCUAUCCGCGAACAUCACCUCGCUGGCAGUCGACCGAGACAAUCAGCUGUUUGUUGCCGGUGGCGAGAAUGGCCGUGCUUGCGUCAUAGGAUCGAGUGGCGUCGUCGGGGUGCUGGCUGGACAGGACGACAGUUCCAUCGAAGCGGUGCUCGUCGAUUACCCCGAGUUCGAGUUGAAGGUAGCGGCCACCGGUUCGCUACAGGGAAAGGUCACUAUCUGGGAUGUGGCGCGACAAACGAAACGAGUCGAAUGUAACGACGAGGAACCCACGGGAAUCACCAACAUGGUGUGGCUGAAAGAUAACAUGAUUUGCGCCGGUACGCUCGGUGGACGGAUAAAGGCUUGGGAUCUGCGCAGUGGAGCGAUGCGUUUCGUACUGGAAGGCCACGAGGAUGACGUUCACUCGAUCGUGUACCACAAAGAGAAGAACAUUAUCCUCUCCACGUCCGAGGAUGGUACGGCGAAAAUAUUUGAGGUGCCAGCAUAGUGCCAACGAACAGCCUCGGUUAGAUGUUUUCUGUUAAUAAAAUGCUCCAUUGUACAGUAACC